AAAACUUGCUUCUUCCCAUCUCCUUUUAAUACACAAAAGAUAGUAUAUCGAUCUUUAUUUCUUCAAUUCUAACUUAUAUUAAUUUCACCCAAUAGGAAUUAUUAAGAUGAAAAGUCUAUGAAUAUAACAAAAACAUAACCUAUACAAUCAUCAAGUUAUUAAUUUAAGCAAUAAUGAAUUUAGAAUUAUUAGAAUCAUUUGGACAAAACUAUCCGGAAGAAUUCGAUGGAACGUUAGACUGCCUUUCAUUAGCGGUAACGUGCGCUUUCAAUAAAAGGGGCACACUCUUAGCCGUAGGUUGUAAUGAUGGAAGAGUAGUUAUUUGGGAUUUUUUAACGAGAGGAAUAGCGAAAAUUAUUUCGGCUCACGUUCACCCCGUGUGCAGCAUAAGCUGGUCGAGAAAUGGCCAUAAAAUGGCUUCGGCGUCAACUGAUAACACUGUCUGUAUUUGGGAUGUUUUAAAUGGUGAAUGUGAACAAAAAUAUCGAUUCCCUGGCCCAGUUUUGAAGGUACAAUUUGAGCCAAGAUCUUUAGAAAGGUUAUUGGUAUGUCCGAUGAAACAUGCGGCAGUUCUCGUUGACACAAAUGGGAAACACGAAGUGUUACCAAUUGAUGCUGAUGCAGAUUUAAAUAUUGUCGCUUCAUUUGAUAGGAGAGGUGAUUAUGUUUAUACGGGUAAUGGUAAAGGAAAAAUUUUAAUUAUGGAUACAAAAACUUUAGAGGUUAAAGCAAGUUUUCGUAUUAUUUUGGGUACUUCAAGCGCGACUGCUGUUAAAAGUAUUGAAUUUGCUCGCAGGGGUGAUUGUUUUUUAAUAAACACUGCUGAUAGAGUUAUUAGAGUUUAUGAUAGUAAAGAAGUUUUGACUUGUGGCAAAGAGGGAGAACCAGAACCUAUACAAAAAUUACAAGAUCUUGUUAACAAAACGAUGUGGAAAAAAUGUUGUUUUUCCGGCGACGGUGAAUAUAUUUGUGCAGGUUCAGCAAGACAACACGCUUUAUACAUUUGGGAGAAGUCUAUUGGAAACUUAGUCAAAAUAUUACAUGGUACAAAAGGUGAAUUAUUACUUGAUGUUUGUUGGCAUCCGGUUCGUCCCAUCAUAACAAGUAUUUCAUCAGGAGUUGUUAGCGUUUGGGCACAAAAUCAAGUUGAAAAUUGGUCGGCUUUUGCUCCAGAUUUUAAAGAACUAGAUGAAAACGUUGAAUACGAAGAACAUGAAAGCGAAUUUGAUUUAAACGAUGAUGAUAGGUCCGUUGCAAGCGGCGGUGAUGCUAAAGAAGAUACCGAUUUAGAUGUUGAUGUUUGUACAAUAGAUCCUGUAGCUGCGUUUUGUAGUUCAGACGAGGAAAAUGAAAAUACACAUUGUUUACAGUUCUUACCAAUCGCUCCCGAAAUUGAAGAUCCCGAAGAUAAUUGGAACGCAAGCGAAAAUAUUUCUUCCAAUAACACCCAAGGAUGUGAAUCACCUCCAACCAAAAAGAAAAAGUAUAGAUCUUAUGACAUUGAAUUGCAAAAUACUGGGGAGUCCGAUAUUCAUCCAAUGUUAUUGAAUCAAAAAGCUAAAGAUAAACAAGGAAUUGGUGUUGGAAAAAAAACGGGGGGAAGACCUAGAAAUAAAUAAUUUUUUUUGCUUUAUAUGAAUUAAUUUGUAUUGAAUUUCGUAAAUCAUUAUAUGACUUUCUAAAUAAUUUUAACUAAAUAAUUA